AUGUCGGAUACCGAUCGCCUCGUUAACAAAAAUAUUCAAGGACACGAUCUUUCCAUCCAUCAAAACACUUGUUGCCGCCAGUCGAUAUGGAUGAUCGUAACAAUUAUAUUAUGUACUUGUCUACUAGAAGGAUAUGCAGUUCAUUAUUCAGCUCCUGUUAUACCUAAAUUAAUGGAAAAAGAUUAUUCUGCUCAAGUGCAGAUGUCACAAAGUGCGAUUUACCUGUAUUCGGCCAUCAUCUUCUUAGGGAUGGCAAUUGGCACCAUCAUAGCUAGCUUCUUCCUAGACCAGAUAGGUAGAAGAACAACGAUGAUUCUAUCUUGUGUUCCACACUUAUUUGGCUGGCUAUUCAUGGUUUAUGGAACAAAUCCAUCGUGGUUAAUUGGCGGAAGAUUUAUGGUUGGCACUGCUGUUGGGACGACAACUACAGCAGCCACAAUUUAUAUGUUAGAAGUUUCACCAGAGACAAGUAGGCGCCCUCUACUUCAUACUCUGGCUGUCGCAACAAUGUUGGGAGGUGCUGUAUGUGGUGGCCUCUCCUUAGUCUUACAUUGGAGAUACUUGGCUCUAAUAGGUGCAUCGUGUUCCUUGAUCAAUGCAAUUGGAAUAUCCCUUCAGCCACAAUCACCAAAAUGGCUUAUUUUAAAGGGCCAACCACAAAUUGCAGCUAAAGCAUUAAGGCAAUUGCAUGGACAAGAUGUUGACGUAGAAAUAGAAAUAAGAAAAAUUGAACAAGAGAUUGAAGAAAGUGAGCGCAUUACUUGGAGGCGGUUACGCUUACAAUCACUGUUAAGACCAUUUCUGGCUUUGAUUGCUAUCAUUUCGUUUGUACCGCUAAUGGGAGCAAGUAUUUUACUAUUAUAUAGUCCAUUGAUCUACAUUAAAGCGGGGUUUGAUUUUAGUUUAAAAAUCAAUCUUGGCAUAUGUUUUGCCAGAGUUCUGGGUGCCUUGUUAGCAAUACCGUUAAUUAAUCAUUUUAAGAGACGAAUCAUUCUCAUCAUCUCAGGCAUAGGGAUGUGCGUUGGAAGUUUUAUAUUUGGUUUAUAUUUUCAAACAGCUGCUUCACAUAUGAAUAUACCCGGCUAUCAAAUAGACUGGCUAUCGGUAGCAGGGGGUGCAUUAUACUCAAUCUCUGUCACAUUUGGCUGGGCUUCUGUAUCGUGGGUGCUCUUGCCUGAAAUUCUACCGAAAAGUCUUUUAAGAAAUCUUAUACCUUAUCUAACUGCAUAUUCUUAUACAUUAUUCUUUAUCAUGUCUUACAUUUACAUUUAUAUGGUUAAUUCUGUUGGUAGUAAUGGUUCUUUUUGGAUAUUCAGCAGUAUCUGCCUAAUUGUUGCUUUCACGGUUUAUUUCAUCUUACCUGAGACAAAGGAUAAAAGUAUAGAAGAGGUUAUCGAAAGUUUUCAGCCUACUAAAAGAAUUGCAAAAACAUGUACUAAAGGGUAA